AUGAGCAUAGCUCAACAGACCCUCACGAAUCUUGUUCACUACAAUCUAUGGACUGACGUGACGGUUCACGAUGUACAAGAAUCGGCCGAAUCUACUCCAUAUCGGUUUGCACUCUUGUCGGGUCUACCUCCCUCGAAACUAGAUCAGUCGGACAAAGAGGGCCUCAGAGAAUGGGUCAUCGCAAGACUGUUGGAAGACAGACACAGCAGCAUGAGCGAAAUCGAACAGUUCUUUCGGGCAAUUGAGAGUCUCGCCCCAAGACCUAAAAGAGUUACUCUCGCAUUGGUUAACGAUGAUGCGACCGUGACUUAUUACUUUGUGCACGAUGGUGCUAUCAAACCAAGACAAAACUGA